AUCAGAGACAGGAGUUAGUUCUCAAUCUUCCAAGCUGUCAUCAAGCUUGUCCCGAACUGUUCACGCUGCCAUUUGACGCCAACAUCAUUUCGCGUUGACUUCCUUUUGGACUAGGCUCGGUUUCUUCGUGCUGUAAACUUUCAUUUUGUACACACAUUGACAGCAGAGGAUAGCUGGAUGUAGUCUACUGACUGAAUUAUUUCAAGAAGUUUCUGUUAUUGUGUGCUGUAGAAGCAGAAGGAGUUGUGUGUUUCGUUAAGUUGAAUCUAGCUGAGCUGAACUUCUUCGCGUCAACUUUUGAUAAACCUCGCCUUUAAAGAUUUAUGACAGGCAGAAAUCUUCUCUUAAACUGACUGAAUUAUUUCAAGAAGUUUCUUUCAUGGUGUGCUUCUACAGAAUGAGUUGUGUAUCGUCUAGCUGAGCUAAACUUCUUUGCUUAAAUUUUUGAAAAACCUCCCCAUGAUAUUCUGGGCAAGUUGAAGUCUGCUCGUCUUCAACUGACUGAAUCUAACUACUUAAAGAAGUUUGUUUUAUUGUUGAAGAAUCUUUGCUUUGUCAGCAGAAUGAGUUGUGUGAUGUUUCGUUAACUUGACUCUAGCUGAGCUGAUCUUUUUGUGACAACUUUUGAAAAACCUCAUCUUUAAAGAUUUAUGGCAAGCAGAAAUCUUCUCUUCAACUGACUGAAUUAUUUCAAGAAGUUUUAUUUAUUGUUCAAGAAUGUUUGCUUUACCAGCUGAAGGAGUUGUGUAUUGUCAACUUGAUUCGUGCUAAGCUAAACUUCUUUGCGUCAAUUUUUGAAAAACCUCAUCUCUUGAGAUUUAUGGCAAGCAGAUAUCUUCCCGUCGACUGCUGCCUUUUUGUCUUUAACUUUACAUUUCAUAGAUUUUUCCUUUUAGAAUCUUGUCAUACAUGCAUUGUGUAACCAGACAUGAAUGUGGUAUAAACACAGUGUUGUGGUCGAACUGAUGUGGUUUUACAUAUUCGUCCACCAAUUUAAAAGCAAAAUUAAUCUGAAAUUGUAAUUUACAAGUUGCAACACUUGGUUGAAUUAUCAGAAACUUGAUUCUGAACAAUAAGUUUGUUGAUUUUUGAAGCGACAACAACUUCUUUACACAUGGAAUGAGCAAUUUCUUGAGUUAAGACUCAAUCAAGAUAGUUUGUGGUUUGUGUCUUUUGUCUACGGACUUUCUCGGACCAUGGAGCGGGGACAACCCAGCAAGCCGCCUAACUCAGCGCUCUCUAGCAGGGCCAAUGCUUUCUCCAUUGACUCGCUCAUGUCUAGAAGUAACACCAUAAGAUCGGACACAACUGAAGGUGAGCGUCACACAAUACUAAAUAACACAGAUUUCCAGCCAGCGUCAUCUUUCAGCUGUUGCCAGCAGAAAACUAGUCCGUCGUCGAGUCGAGACCGUCCGGCCAGCAACACCACCGCUCCACCACACCGCCCUUCGUUCUCCCUUGCCCCACCACCCCCUCGUCCGACAGACACCGACUGCACGGGUCAGUUGACUGUCUCACCUAGUCUAGAUGUCCCAGGUAAUCAUUGUGGUGAUGGAGAGAGUGGGUUGGAUGCUGGGUACGAGAUGGCGGCAGUGAGGUGCCGGCUAGAAACCAAAGAGCUUUGGGAAAAAUUCCACGAUCUUGGCACUGAGAUGAUUAUCACGAAAACUGGCAGGCGAAUGUUUCCCACCGUUCGUGUUUCCUUUAAUGGUCUGAGUCCGGACGCUCGCUACGUUGUCAUGCUGGACAUUGUACCACUAGACAACAAAAGAUACAGAUAUGCGUAUCAUAGAUCUUCUUGGCUGGUAGCCGGCAAAGCAGACCCUCUUUUGCCUGCGAGGCUGUACAUUCAUCCUGAUUCACCAUUCACUGGAGACCAGCUUCAAAGGCAAAUGGUGUCAUUUGAGAAAGUCAAACUCACCAAUAACGAGCUGGAUCAACAUGGCCAUAUUAUACUGAACUCAAUGCAUCGAUAUCAACCUCGUGUCCACAUCACCAAGACAUCAGAGCAGCUAAGUUGCAUACCUACAGCGCCCUCUUUGGCAGCAUUCAGCAGCAGUGAAUUGCGAAGUUUUGAAUUUCCAGAGACAGUAUUUACUGCUGUUACUGCGUACCAGAACCAAUUGAUUACAAGAUUGAAGAUUGACAGCAACCCAUUCGCUAAGGGCUUCAGAGAUUCUUCGAGACUAAGUGAUUUUGAGAGCAGAGAGAGACUGGAGUCCCUCAUUCAGGAGCAUACAUACGCCAGGUCACCCAUUCGGCAACAAGACGGUGGUAUCAUCAAAGGACUUGAUGACAGAUUUGGGUCACGGCUUGGUGGCGCUAUAAUGACACACCAUUCAGUUGAACCAAGCGAAAUUCCCUUCGCCUCAUUUUCAAAUCAGUUUCCCACAGCAAUGGGCGAAUUUUCAAGAAGAAUCAGUGCAUGGAAUGGAAUCCCUCUACCUCCCCUCACACCGGCAAAUCUUUCACUCUACCCUGUCUAUCCAAUGGUACAGUCUUCCCUACACGCUGAAACAAGCAUGAGCUCGUCGUCUGUGGGACGUUCCAUUCACACAGACGGUUGGUUUCCAGUGUCCCAUACCUUGGCAUUUCGAGAAUCUCAUCGCUACCAUAAUCAUCUAGCCAUGGGACCAUAUCCGUCAACAAAAACGCCUCGAAACACGACUAGCAAGUUAAUACCAGCGCCCUCUCUCGUCCGAUGAGUCAAAUUAGUUCACGUUUUCUGAACAAAACAAAGGUAUUAUUGAUUGUUCGAUUCCCGAUAUUGAUUCUUUCUUCAACCUUUAUCGAAUGAAUAACAAAGUUCUUUUGUGGCUGCACUUCCUAACGAAAAUGUUAGACAUUAUCUCAGUUCGUCGAUAGUUUCUUUUAUCUUGCAAAGUUUGUUUGUUUCUCAGAAACAAGCCUGAGAUGGGGUGAAUUUCCCAGUGAGAGGAACAUGUUGCCUUGGAUCGGUCGAGUUGGUCUUUGAAAAGUAGAAUAGUACAAUGAUCCACACAAA